AUGUACAGCGACAACGCCACGAACUUCGUGAGAGCGAGCAACGUGCUCAAGGAUCUGAGCGCAGCGUUUCACCGCAGUCAGGAACAGUUGAGAGGAUACGCGGCUCGGAGAGGCGUCGAGUGGGAGGCAGCAGUCAAGGCCGCCAAACACCGGCUGCUGCGAGGAGUCGGCAACGCCAAGCUGACAGCGGACGAGCUCAGCACCCACCUGGACGAGGUAGAAGCGCUGCUCAAUUCUCGACCAAUCGCGUCGCCAGGCAACGAUCCCAACGAUGGAGAGGCCCUGACUCCAGGACAUCUGCUUAUCGGACAGCUUCUGAUCACGCUGCCGCAAGAGUCCGGCACAGGCGGAAUCUCCAGCAAGGCCAGUUGCGGAUAUUUGAGGCGGUGGAGAAUGCUGUCCGAUCUCAAGUAG